ACUAUGAAAUUUUUAUAGUCAAUGACUUAUUCCUUAAAUAUUAUAUAUUACGUAACUCUUUUGAAUAUUUUAAAUAAUAUAAUCCAUUCAUUUUUAAAAAUAUUAUUCUAAUCUCUUAAAACCCAUUGAAGAAAUAAUUGAUUUCUAUGAAAAUAUUAUACAUGGCAUAUAAAGGCACAUUUUUAUGUGAGAAAAUAAAUUCGUUCAAAUGAAUUUAGCUACAAUAUUUUGCUCUUCUAUUGAAUGAUUACAUUCAGUAGUAAAGGGUUUACACGUGGCUUUAAGACUGAAAAAGAUAAAGUAUAACUGACGUGUCCUUAAUGAAAAACAACGUGGCAUUUAUGAGCCAUUACAAAUUUUUUUUCAAUGAUACCUCGCUAACUCAAUGAAAGCGAAACAGUUUGAGAUGCUGUUCGUCACUUGUUGUUCGUAACAUAAUUAUAAGAUAUUUAAAAGUAUUUAUUUUUUAUGAAAAUCUCAUCUGUCAAUUUCUCAUAUAAGCAUACAUUUCGUUUUUGUAUAUGUUAUACAAAUAAAAUUAAGGUUAUAUUGGCAAUGACCACGUCAAUGAUAAUACAUUUGUAAUAAGAUACAUUAAUAAUUAAUUUUAUCAUCACGUGAGUGGUUCUUCCGUUUAGAAAUGUUUAUGUUGAUUGAUCAAAGAAUCUACGCUGAAGUAUUUUAGGAUGGUAUGUUAUAAUAUAAUUACCAUCUAACAAGAUGCUUGAUAACAUUGUUAAAAAUUUAGUUAAGGAUUAAAAAUUUAACCUUCGCAUAAAGAAUCUAUUUCGUUGGAAAAUAAAGAAAAGUGUUCGAGAUCAUCGUUGAUCUCUUAUAUCGUUCUCCAUGGGUACUAGAAGAAAAAUGGAAAAGGACGACAAACUGGAAGAUGGUGUUCACGAAUCGAAUCACGUACAUGAACGUUCCGAUUUACGAGGUGACGAGACUAACAUAGCUAUUCUUUUAUUUUUAUAUCUGUUACAAGGAAUACCAUUGGGCUUAUGCGGUUCUAUUCCUAUGUUACUUCAGAACAGAAAUGUUUCAUAUCGUCAACAGGCUGAAUUUAGUUUUGUCCAAUGGCCUUUUUCUCUGAAACUAUUUUGGGCACCAAUAGUAGAUUCUGUAUUUUCUCAAAAAUUUGGAAGAAGAAAAACAUGGUUAAUUCCAACGCAAUAUUUAAUGGGUUUUUCUAUGCUAUUAUUAUCUAGCCAUGUAGAUCAAUGGUUGGGUAAUGAAACUUCAAAACCAAACAUAGGAAUGUUGACCAUAAUAUUUUUUGCUCUAAAUGUAUUAGCUGCAACUCAAGAUAUUGUUGUAGAUGGUUGGGCACUCACUAUGUUAAAAAGAUGUAAUGUGGGAUAUGCAUCAACAUGUAAUAGCGUAGGACAAACUGCUGGAUAUUUCAUUGGUUAUGUAUUUUUUAUAGCAUUAGAAUCUGCAGAAUUUUGUAAUACUUACUUAAGAUCCACUCCUUCUAACAAAGGCAUCUUGACCCUGCCUGAUGUUCUUUAUUUCUGGGGUUGGAUAUUUGUAAUUACAACCACUUUAGUUGCAUUGUUUAAACACGAAGAUUCAGAAAAAAUGCAUAAAGAUGGAGAACUAAAUACAGAUGUCAAACAUGCUUACAGAUUAUUAUGGAACAUUGUUAAAUUACCAUCUAUAAAAAUUAUCAUUGUAUUUUUGUUAACUGCCAAGAUAGGGUUUUCUGCUUGUGAUGCUGUAACAGGUUUAAAAUUGGUAGAAGCUGGUAUACCAAAGGAAAAGUUUGCUCUUAUGGCUGUGCCUAUGAUACCUUUACAAAUAUUACUACCAUUAGCAAUUUCAAAAUAUACAGUAGGUCCAAGACCUAUGGAUGUAUACAUAAGAGCUAUGCCUUAUAGGUUAGCUUUUGGACUUGUAGCAGCAUUUUUAGUAUGGUUAACACCAUAUGUUGUAACAGGGGGACAAGUUCCAGCUUAUUAUUUCAUACUUUUAAUAAGUCUAUAUAUGAUACAUCAGAUUUUCACAAGUAGUAUGUUUGUGGCAUCAAUGGCAUUUUUCGCAAAAAUUAGCGAUCCAGCAGUCGGUGGUACUUACAUGACAUUAUUAAAUACUUUAUCUAAUCUUGGAGGUAAUUGGCCAGCAACUGCAGCUCUUUGGUUUGUUGAUCCGUUAACGUUUCGACAAUGCAGCACCGAUUCCUCGAAUGACUGUAGCACAAUUUCGGAAAGAGAGUUUUGCACGAACACGCACAAUGGUAUUUGCAAUAUGAACUUUGAUGGAUAUUACAUAGAGAGUAUUUUGUGCCUAAUAAUAGGAUUUGCUUGGUUAAGGUGGGGUCGACGAAAAAUGGAUUUGUUACAGACAAGACCGAUAUCAGCUUGGAAAGUUAUUCUUUCAAAGCAGAAUAGAUAACAGUAUUGAAUCCAUUUUGCAACUUGUUGAUACGGUACCUGUAAUUAUUAAGAAAUUGUACAAAUUAAAUUUGAGUAUGUACAUUGAUCGCGUGUGCCCGGGUCUAUUUCCCGCACGUUUAUCAAGUGUUCCAAUUUUAUGAAUGCAAUAUGGACUGAACAAUUUUUCCAAUUUCACUUUUUUGCCUUCUUUUUCUCUCUUUCUCUCUUUCUCUCUCUUUACUCUUUCUCUCUCUCAUUCUCUCUCUCUUUCUCUCUUUCUCUCUUUUUUUAAUUAUUUGUUGUGCUAUUUUUUUCCCCGGUGUAACACGUAAUGAAAAAAAAGCGAUACUUGUCGCAAAAUUUGAUACGAAAAAUUUUUACAACAUCUUUUCAUAUAGUAGCACAAAAACAAUGUUACAAGAACAAGUACUGCAUUUGCUUAAACAUUUAUAACUUUAAUUAUAGCAUGUCGUUUAUGUCACAGUAGCAUUCCAUUCUUUAUAUAUCACGUCUUACAUAGACAUGCCAAGAAUAAAAGUAUAUCUUUUUUUUUUUUUUUUUUUUAUCUAUCUCCUUAUCUUCUGCGAUGAAGGUUAGCAAUUUUUAGUUACAAUGUAAUAUGCAAUAUGUUGCACUGGUGUACUGCAUAUUUAUAGUUGCUAUUGGGUUUAAAUAACUUAACAAAAAAAAAAAAAAAAUUGACGUUCGCAGUGCUUGUAAAUCAUUAUGUACGAGUACAUAAUGUUUAAUAAAAGUUUUCCAUACGAA